UCACCGAGCGUCUUCAAACCCUCCACGACUUGUCAUUCUUCCCGGCUUUCUAUCCCAAAUGAGAGGACAGCUGUUUUACAGCCAUCAGAACAUUUCCAGCCUUAUCUGUCAGUCAUUUCUCUCGGGCAUGUAAGGGCUCAUCUCCGAUUUUAUGAGGUCGCAGAAUCAGCUGAUUCCACAAACAGCACUCCCUGACAUGCAUAUGAUAUUCGAAUUUCUCAGGGUCUCUUAACUUGUCGUUAACCAUGUUUACCACCUGCUGCAGCCUCCCCGAACUCCCAGUCGUGUCUCUGGCACGUUUCUUUGCGUUCUCAGCUGCCGCUUACGGCUUAUAUGUUCUGCUGUAUCGGGUCCUGCUGUAUCCUCGCUUUUUCUCUCCACUCCGUCACGUCCCUGGCCCUCCUCUCGGAAAUCCCCUUCUGGGCCACUAUCUCACUAUCGUGAAAGAGGAAACCUGCAUCCCCCAAAAGCAAUGGGUUGCCGCCUAUGGACCUUUCGUUCGAUUCACCGGCUUAUUUGGGGACGAACGGCUCGUCGUUCUGGAAACCCAAGCUUUGAAAGAGAUACUCGUGAACGAUUGGUUGGAUUACCCCCGCCCUCAAUUCAUGCGAGACGUUCUCGGGCUUGUGGCGGGGUAUGGUCUUCUGACAAUCACAGGCGACGAACACAAGUCAUUGCGCAAAGCUAUGAAUCCGGCUUUCUCCAUCGCCAAUCUUAUGGCUCCACCAAAUUACGAAGACUCAUGGUCUGGAAGCCUCGUAACCCUUCUCUCUCAAGAAAUUGAGCAGGAACCUGCUGCUGCCGAUGGCAAAGUGUUCAUGGUCUAUGAAUGGAUGGGGAAAGUCACCUUGGACAUUAUUUGUGAUACGGCCUUCGGAUACGAACCUGACUGUCUGCACAAUCCACACAACGAAUUAGCGGUCGCUUUUGAAGGCCUCCUCUCACUUCAGUCCGGAGUCAACCUCGCGAAGCUCAUCGCAGUCAUAGCAAUCCCGGGCGUCAAGACACUGCUGACGACUGAUUGGAUGUUUGAGCACCGUCAUCUAAUCCGAUACAUCCCUUUCCUCUCAGCGCUGGACACGCUUGUCGGAACUUUGCACACGAUCCGUCGAAUCUCUCGGGAGCUUUUACUGGAGAAAACGACAGAUCUCAGUGUGUCGCCGGAUGACACCAGCACCAAGAAGGAUAUCAUGUCUCUGCUUGUUCGUCAGCGAAAGGCAGAAUUGGAUGCCAAUCCCCGGGCCGAUGCGAUGUCUGAUAGGGCCAUGGUCGAUCAAGUUCUGACCUUCCUUGCUGCUGGACAUGAGACCACUGCCACCGGAAUCACCUGGACUCUCUGGCUUCUAGCCAAUGAUCCAGCGAGCCAGCACAAACUUCGCGAAGAAGUAACUCACAUCUAUGCUUUGAAUCCUCGUCCAGAUUACCGCACGCUGAAAAGUCUGACUUGGCUGGACUGUGUCGUGAACGAGGGACUGCGCGUUCUUCCGCCUGUUCCACUGACAAUGCGCAAGGCAGCAAAGACCGACUAUGUUGCGGGUGUGUUAGUGCCGGAAGGUACUGUCAUCCAGUUCCCGAUCCGAGUCAUCAACACUUGGAAACAAGUAUGGGGCGAAGAUGCCGACGAGUUUCGCCCAGGUCGCUGGCUCGACUUGCCUAAAGCUUACAACGCGACAUUUUCCCAAUUCUCAUUUAUCGCCGGCCCCCAUGGUUGUAUCGGCAAAACAAUGGCAGUAAGUGAGAUGAAGGCGGUUAUAAGUGCCUUGGUCUAUAAUUUUGAGUUCAGUCCUGCGUACUCGGGACAGAUCGCGCAUCCAGCAGCCGCUAUCACAAUGAGUGAGUCUCGAAACCUUCUGACAAUAUGCCGCUGCGCGUUCGACGCAUCCGUCAUUGAUGUUGACUAUAUUAUCCUCUAUAUCGACGUCUUGUAUCAAUCUCGCAUGUGAAAUACAUAAUUUUAGCUUGGACUUUCCCUAAGUUUCAAAAAUGGGCAAUCC